AUGUGUCUUAAUAUAGAAGUCAUCUUGCCCACGGUGAGAAAAUUCUUACUAUUAUACCCUUUGCGCAAUGGAUGUUUCUUGAUAUUUGUAUGGACGUUGCUAAGAACAUUCUUCGACGUCUUUCUAUUCUCAACAGCCUUACUAGAGGCUCUUAUUGGAAAGCCCUUUCCCCUCGGCGCGGUAUUCAACUUGGGAAAGUCUUCUGUGGACAAUUUCUACUUAGUAUACUAUGCCUAUAUACUACUUAUUAUCAAUGAAUCUAUUCUGUUUAUGUACACUAUUCACUUGGGUAUCGGGGAAAUCCCAUAUUUAUUGAAGCAGUAUCUUAUAUGUCGGGCUAUGGCUUGGUUUAUAGAAAUGUUGUUUCUAUCAAUACUUUGUUGCGUUCACAAACCGCUUAUCGGAUGGUAUUUGGGUAUUUUAAUGUUUGUCGUGUUAGAGUUCUAUGCGUUCGUUGUUGUGUACAGUUUUUACAGCACUUUAGUGGAUGAUUGUAAUAUGGAUAAAUAAACUGUAACUACGAAUCGUCAGCAGCGAUUUGUUUUGCCUACGUGUACUUUGA